AUGAUGAAUGAAAAUCGAUUAACAAAUAGCUUUAAAAGUUAUGUUGGCUGGGACGAUGACGAACAGAUUUCAAGCUGUGAAACAUCAUUUAUUGAGCAAGAACUUUCACCCAAACUUCAUCCAGGUGAAAUGAUAAUUGCUGAAGCCCAAAGUGUUUUAUUAUUCACUCCAGUUAAUGAACAAAAGACUGGGAUAUCAGGUGUUUUGUUUGUUACAAAUUUCAGACUUUCUUUUGUCACUUCAAACGAAAAACAUUUAAAAGAACAUCAUAUCAAGAAAAAUUUGCUUUUGGGUCAUCAAAGGAUACAUAUUAUUUGCAAAAAUAUGCGAACAUUAUCAUAUAGCUUUAAAUUUUCACCACUUGGCCAUGGUAAAACAUUAGCAAAUGCUUUAUUACAUCAUGCAUUUCCAAAAAGACAUCAGCUAUUAUUUGCUUACGACUACAGGGAGCCAAAUGUACAAAGUAGAUAUUCAACACCUACAUUUCGAUGUCGGGAUGAUUGGGAAAAAGAACUUCAGCGUACCAAAUGUUUUGGUUGGACUUUAAACUCAUCUAAUAAUAAAUUCUGUUUAUCUCCGAGCUUGCCACAGUUUAUUGUUAUUGGAUCUGCAGUUAUUGAAAAUCAUUUGCGAAUAGCAAUGCAACAUUUUCGAGAUGGACGACUACCAACUUGGUGUUGGAGUACUGUAAACGGAGCCACAUUAUCUAGAAAGGCUGAUGUUGUAGAUCCAUCAAAUCUAACUCAAGAAAAUGCUAUGUUAGAAAUAGUAAGGAAAUCGCAUCCUGGCCUUCUUAGACCUUUCAUAAUGGAUUUAACCAAAAAUUUGCCAUCACCAAAAGAUGUUAAUCAGAGUUUUAUAAAAUUACAGAUAUCUGUGCCCGGUAAAUGGUUACAAUAUGUAUCGAGUUGUCUUAGCUCUGCUUUAAUAGCUGCUAAUAAACUUAAUAGAAAUGAGUCAGUUGUAUUACAAGAACGAGAUGGACGUGAUUUAUGCUGUGUAAUUUCUAGUCUAGCACAAUUGAUGAUAGAUUCUCAUUUUCGAUCCAUUGUGGGCUUACAAACAUUAAUGCAAAGGAAUGGGGUUGUUAUGGGUCAUCAAUUUUGUACAAGACUUGGUCAUGUUAAUAGUACUGAUUCUGUUAAAUCACCAUUGUUGUUGUUAUUUUUGGAUUGUGUAUGGCAACUACUUCAACAGUUCCCCGCAAAAUUUGAUAUCACCGAGACCUACUUAACCACCCUUUGGGAUGCAUCACAUGUUUCCAUAUUCGAUACAUUUUUAUUUGAUUGUGAACGGGAUCGUCAUUGUGCUACUAAGGAUGUUAGUCCACUAAUGUUACGGUCAGUAUGGGAUUGGGAAGAACAGUUCAUGGAUCAAGAUUUAAUUCAAUUUCAUAAUCCUCUUUUCAAUGCCUCUGAAGUUCAUCAAGAUGAUCUACUAAAAGUAUCAACAGAAAUUUCAUGUCUUAGUAUUUGGACACAAUGUUACUAUAGGUUUUUGCCUACUCUAGAAAUAUCAAAUGGAGGUAAACCAUUAGAAGACUUUGCAGUUAGAACACUAAUCAGUAUGAAUGACAAUGAUUCUAAGGAUACUCGAGAAGUCUGUACACCAUCUAACAUAGGAUCUUUUUUCCCAUUUACACAUUGGAGAUCUAGUAAUUCAGUUCCUCCUUCAACAUUAACUAUCAGCUCUUUAUCCUUAAACACUAGUGAUUUACAAAUGGAAACAUCGUUGGUUGAAAUACCCGAACAUAUAUAA